AUGCAGAUAGAAGACCUGAGCCAGGAGAUCGCCUACACAGCAUUACUCAAUGGAACUACCAACUCCGACCUACGAAAGGAAUUAUUGGCUAAAUCACCAAAAUCAUUUACCACACUGAUGACCAUCGCACAUACACAGAUCAGGGUGGAUGAUGGCCAGAGAGAAAUAGAGAAUCGCCUCGGACGGGUAGAAGAACGAACGUUUGCAGAAAGAAGAAAUGGGGAAAGAUCGCCCAUAGGAAAGAGGUUCGGAGAAAAAGGCAAUGACCAUUUCAGAAACAAAAGGAAAAAAGACGAAGAUAGGCGAUAUACGCCCCUGAACACAACCAGAACCAACGUACUGUUUUGGGUAAAAGACAGCCGAGAGAAGGUCAGAUGGCCAAGGAAGAUGAACGUUGCAUCAGCCAGCAAAAGAGACAAUAGCAAAUACUGUGAAUUUCACAGAGACAACGGCCACACCACAGAUGAAUGCUGGCACCUGAAGGAGGAGAUAGAGAAAUUGAUAGAAAGGGGAUCCCUUUCCCAGUUCGUAAAAAGGGACACCGAAGCCAGAGAGACGGAAUCAGAGAGAAAGAAAGAGCGGAAAGAAGAAAUCGCCAGAAGACCCAGACCAGAGCCAGCAGGCGUGGUUAAUGUAAUAAUGGGCGGAUCGACCGGAGGAGACAGCAAUACUACAAGGAAGAAAGCUGCAAGAACAGUCUACUCGGUUAGCCCAGGUGCACCGAAUGCUAAGAAAUUCAGAAGCGUAUCUUUUUCGGAGGUCGAUAGUCAUGGCUUAUCAGUCCCUCAUGAGGACGCCCUAGUUGUCAAGGGGCGACUCAACAAUUUCGAGGUAUCUCGGAUGCUCGUAGACACGGGAAGUUCGGUAAACAUGAUCACGAUGGAGGUGUUCGGCAGAAUUGGACUCAAGAAAGAAAAUUUGACACAUGUCACUACUCCACUAGUGGGACUAGGAGGCAAAUCUGUACAGGUGGAAGGAUCACUGGAGAUAAACAUCCAACUGGGGGAUGGAGAGAUCUACAAAGAGAUCCGAGCAGAAUUCAUGGUGGUCAAUAUGGAUUUCGCAUACAAUGCAAUUCUCGGAAGGCCACUCUUGCACGAUACAUGCGCAUCCAUUUGCAUGAGGUACCUACGAAUGAAAAUCCCAACCAGAGAAGGCGAUGCCGAAGUCAGAGGAUGCCAAAAGUCAGCCAGAGAAGCAUACUUUACAGCUCUCAGGAAAGUACAUAUAACCUUGCCAGUACUAACAAUGGAACCUCCAGAGAAGAAGGAAAGGGCGGAGCAUUAUGGGCGAACUGAGAAAAUCGAAUUAUCCCCAGGAAAGGAGAUAGAAGUGGGAGAUGAGCUAGAAGAAGAAAUCAGACGAUCUCUGACCGAAAACCUCAGAUCGCUUGGAGACUCCUUUGCCUGGACAACAGACGAAUUGAUCGGAGUAGACCCGGACGUCAUAUGUCAUCGGUUAAACAUAGCGACCGACGCGAAGGCAGUAAUACAAAAAAAGAGAAGGCACUCGCCCGAAAAACAACUCGCCAUCGCAGACGAGAUCGCCCGGUUAAAAGCAGCAAACGUGAUCAAAGACGCCUAUUACCCCAAGUGGGUAGCAAAUGUGGUGAUGGUAAAAAAGUCCAAUGGCACUUACCGAAUGUGCGUGGACUUCACAGAUCUGAAUAAAGCAUGUCCCAAAGAUAGUUUCCCACUUCCACACAUUGAUCAGUUAGUAGACUCCACAGCAGGUCACGCCCUCUAUACAUUCCUAGAUGCCAAGGCGGGAUAUCACCAGAUACCCAUGGCACCUGAAGAUCAGGAGAAGACGGCCUUCAUAACAGACCAGGGAUUAUUUUGUUACAAGAUGAUGCCCUUCGGUCUGAAGAACGCAGGAGCCACAUAUCAGCGGCUGGUGAACUCAAUAUUCAGAGAUCAGAUAGGAAAGCACAUGGAAGUUUAUGUGGAUGACAUGAUUAUCAAGAGCAUCCGAGCUGAAGACCACCCAACAGAUGUGAAGAUAGUCCUGGAGACGCUAAAGAGAUACCAGCUAAAACUCAAUCCGGAAAAGUGCGUAUUCGGAGUACCGGCAGGCAAGUUCUUGGGGUACAUGGUCUCUCAGAGGGGUAUCGAGGCUAACCCAGAUAAAAUCGAAGCGGUCUUAAAGAUGACACCGCCACGGAGCAUACAUGAAGUCCAGAAGCUCAACGGCCGGAUCACGGCUCUAGGACGGUUCAUGUCCUGCUCGGCAAAACGAUGCCUGCCUUUCUUCAAAACCCUGAAACAGAUCAAGAACUUCACAUGGACCGCAGAAUGCCAGCAGGCGUUUGAAGAAUUGAAAAGCUUCCUAUCCUCGCCCCCACUGUUGGCGAGACCGGAUCCGGGCGACGUGUUAUAUUUAUACAUCUCUUGCUCUGACGAAACAAUAGCAGGAGUAUUGGUGUCAGAAAAAGGAGGCGAACAAUACCCGAUCUACUACAUCAGCAAAGUACUCAGAGAUGCGGAGCUGAGAUACCCGAAGUUGGAGAAGCUGGCGCUAUGCGUAUACACCGCCACCAUCAAGCUCCGACAUUACUUCGAAGGGCACCAAGUCAUUGUACGGACCGACCAACCACUACGAAAAAUCCUCCAGAAGGCAGAGACAAGUGGACGCAUAGCAGAAUGGGCCGUCAAAAUAGGAAGUCUGGGCGUUAUCUAUGAAGCUCGGAAAGCACUGAAAGCACAAGCACUAGCCGACUUCUUCGCUGAACUAACAUUCAAAGAACCCAUGGAGGACAAAACGACUCCCUGGGAGAUGCACGUCGAUGGAGCAGUUUGCGGAGAAGGAGCAGGCAUCGGAGUCGUGCUCAAAGGACCAGGAAGAAUCCAAAUGGAAUACUCAGCAAGACUCGAGUUUCCAGCCUCCAACAAUGUUGCGGAAUAUGAGGCGCUGAUAACAGGGUUGCAACUAUGCGAAGAGCUCAACAUCUCCGAAGUCCAGAUCUGCAGUGAUUCACAACUGGUCGUGAACCAAGUCUCGGGGAACUUCGAAGUAAAGGAAGCUACGUUGAAGAAGUACGCCAAGCAGGCCAAAACCUUCUUUGCCAAUAAUGGGCGAUCCUGGUCGCUACAGCAAAUACCCAGAGCAAUGAAUGGAAGAUCAGACGAAUUGGCAAAGUGGGCAGCAACAAAGAAUUACGACUCAAUGAGAAACAUUCCUCAUGAAAUCAAACGACAGCCUAGCUUUCAAGAAGAAAUUGAGGAAGGCGAAGUACUGAUGGUAGAAGGGGAAGAAACCUGGAUGUCCCCCCUCACAGCAUACCUGGCUAAUGGAAUACUCCCCGAGGAUAAGAAGGAAGCCAAAAGGAUAGUGAUACUUUCAUCAAAGUUCGGAAUAUACAACGGCCAGCUGUACAAACGGUCAUUCACCCAUCCCUGGCUAAGAUGUGUGAACAAAGAAGAAGGGGAGUACAUCAUGAAAGAAUUACAUGAGGGGACCUGUGGAGCACAUGACGGAGCAUCAACACUGGUCAGGAAAGCACUGCUACAAGGCUAUUAUUGGCCCACGAUGAAAGAACAAGCUACAACGCUAGUAAGGGGAUGCUGGCCUUGCCAGCAACAUGCCUUGGUACCAAGAAAGCAAGCUUCAGAAAUGAAACCCAUCGGCAGUGCAUGGCCGUUCGCCCAGUGGGGUAUGGACAUCCUGGGACCUCUCCCUUUGGCCACAGGACAACGGAAGUUCCUAGUAGUGGCAAUCGACCACUUCACCAAGUGGAUAGAAGCGGAACCACUGGCAAAAAUCACACAACAACGCAUAACUAACUUUUUCUUUAGAUCUAUCUUGUGCAGGUUUGGAAUACCGAAGGUGCUGAUCACAGACAACGGAAAGCAGUUCGACUCAGCAAAGUUUAGAAAGUUUUGUGCCGAGUAUCAGAUCGACCUAAGGUUCACUUCGGUUUACCAUCCACAAUCGAAUGGGCAAACCGAAGUGGCCAACAGAAUCCUACUGGCCGGACUAAAAAGAAGACUAGACGAGUGCAAAGGAAGAUGGGUAGAAGAACUCUACAGUGUCCUAUGGAAUUACCGUACCACCCCUAGAGAAUCAACGGGCGAAACUCCAUUCGCCCUAGCCUAUGGAACGGAGGCUGUAAUCCCUGUAGAGAUCGGCGCACCCACGCCAAGGACAGAAGACAACCAGCUAAACCUAGAAGAAAACGAAGAAGAGCUCAGGAACAAUCUAGAUCUCCUGGUUGAAAAAAUCAACAGAUCAGACAUCAGGAUGGAAGCCUACAGACAAAAGAUGGCCAAACAUUUCAACAGCCAUGUAAAGAAAAGAAAAUUCAAACUAGGCGACCUAGUCAUGCGAAAAACCGAAGUCAAAAAAGGAGAAGCAGGAAGUGGAAAACUGCAGCCAAACUGGGAAGGACCUUACACCAUCAGCGAGGUCAUCAAAGAAGGAACAUUUAAACUCACCAACUCCAUGGGAAGAAUCAUACCAAGGACAUGGAACGCCAACAACUUGAGGAAAAUUUAGUCACAAUGGGUCGCCAUCAAACAUGAUUAGUUACUUUAAGAAGUAGUAUAAUUAGUCAAGCAGUGUUCAGUUUCAAUAUUGUAUUUCAAUUCCUCCAAGUGAUGUUUAAUCACAGCAUUAUUUCAAUUUCUACAAGUGAUAUUUCAUCACAUUAAUGUAUUUGAAUUUAUGCAAGUAUUUUAAUUUACCCUUGCUCGGACAAGGAAUUUCCACAGA